CAAUUGCUCUGGUCAGGUUCCCAGUUCCCACCACCAUGAGCUAGCAAUUCCCAGUGUUGUAGACGCCUUCAAUGGUUUUUCUGUCAUCAAGUUUUACUUCAUCCAGCACUUGCAGAGAAAGUCUUGUUUUGAGCAAAUUCCAUGGCUUCACUAGCAGCAGCAAGCAAGGCUGCAAGGGCUUACAUACGCUAGAUGACUACAAAGCCAAGUGUUCGUACCUUAAAUCCCAUGACCCAUGUGCUUCCCAGGGCUAUAUUGACUAUCUUUACCUUUUCUAUUGCAAAAUUGGGAGUUUUCCCCUUCUGGGUUAUACUCUUCUUUUUCUUUGGCUUCUAGUUCUGUUUUAUCUGUUGGGAAACACAGCUUCUGAAUACUUUUGUUUUUCACUUGAAAGCUUAUCAAGGUUACUCAAAUUGUCUCCUACAAUUGCUGGGGUUACUCUGCUUUCUCUUGGCAAUGGUGCCCCUGAUAUUUUUGCAAUCAUCGUCUCCUUUAUGGGUAAUGGGACGUGUGACACUGACGUUGGCCUUAAUACAGUACUAGGGGGUUCUUCCUUUGUAACAUGUGUUGUGGUUGGAAUCAUAAGCAUUUCAAGGCGCACAAAGCAGAUUCGAGUAAACAAGUCUGCCUUUGUAAGAGAUGUUUGUUUUUUCCUUUUGGUUCUUGUGUUCUUGAUUGUAAUAUUGAUUCAGGGGAAAAUCGAUCUGUGGGGUGCAAUUGCUUUUUCUUCACUGUAUAUUGUUUAUGUGAUAAUGGUUUACACCUCACACUUCCACUCAAAGAAUGGUGGAGAAGACAGUGAAAGACAUUGUAAUUCGAGCAACUGCAGUGACUUGACUAUACCUAUUCUUACUGACAUGGAGAAGGGGGGGGAGCUUAGUACUUCUUUAGUAGACGUCAAGAAGAGCUGCUUUUGUUCAAGAUCAUCAGCUUUUUGUGGUGCAUUUCUUUGCAUCCUUGAGAUGCCUCUUAAUUUACCAAGGCAAUUGACAAUUCCUAUUGUUUGUGAGGAAAGAUGGUCUAAGCCAUAUGCAGUUGCUUCAGUGACACUAGCGCCACUGCUGUUGUCAGCUCUUUGGAACCCUCAAGACUAUGGAAUUGGGUUGUUUUUUGGGAUUGCUUUUGGGUUUCUUGCUUUCUUGACAACUGAGAACUCUUGCCCACCAAAGAAAUGCACUUUCCCUUGGCUUGCAGGAGGCUUUUUAAUGAGUAUAACUUGGAGCUAUAUUACUGCUCAGGAAUUGGUAGGGCUGCUAGUUUCACUUGGGUAUAUGUGUGGAAUAAACCCUUCUAUACUAGCUCUAACAGUCCUUGCAUGGGGCAACUCACUUGGAGAUCUGACCACAAAUUUGACAAUGGCUAUGAAUGGUGGAGCAGAGGGAGCUCAAGUUGCCAUAUCAGGCUGCUAUGCUGGCCCCAUCUUUAGCACUCUCUUUGGUUUGGGCUUGUCUCUUGUAGGCUCUUGUUGGGCAAAAUACCCAUCAUUUGUAGUGAUACCUAGAGAUCCAUACCUCUUGGAGACACUAGGAUUUUUGGCUGGUGGGUUACUUUGGGCUCUUGUGGUUUUGCCAUGGAGAGACAUGAGGCUCGAUGGGGUCUUGGGAGGAGGGCUUUUAGCUGUAUAUAUAGUUUCUCUGUUUUCAAGGUUGAUACAAACACAUGGGUCUCUCAACCUUCUCUAUAUAUAUAAAACUAAAAGUAAUGAUAUUUAGUAGACUGUUAUACA